AUGUCGUCAAUUCGUAAAGCUACAGCCCCCUUUCGGCCCACUUGGAAGUCUCUGCCCGACAGCUGCGCAAACUAUCGCUGCGUCACUGAAUAUUGGAACGACUUGUCAAAGCGCAAAACAUACCUUGAAUGUGAUGCUCGAAAUUUGAAGGGCAAUUGGAAUAAAAGCAGGUUUUAUCUCGAUGAAAAUAUCAAGGCCGCCAAAGGUGGCAUGGACUAUCUUGUUAUUCCUAGCUACCGAGAUGAUACCUUGUCUUCUAAUCUCGUAUCCCCUCAUCCCAAGGUUGUCAUGAAGAAUGGAAAGUUGGACCUGACCGCGCACGGCCAGGGCCCUAACGGCCCAGUCUGGCGAACCGUAACGCUACAUGACCUCAUGAAUGAGGAUGGCGUGGUUUUCUCAUCUGGCGGGGGGUUGAGCCCGAAGGGACUUGCUGUUCGACUUGCCUGGAUAGAAGCAGACGAGGCGAAGAAAGCAGCUGAAAAAAUAAAGCGCGACGCAGCAAGAAAAGCGUUAGAGCCUCAAUUCAAGAAAGAGUGGCUGGAACUUCUUCGCAAGCAAAUCGAAGCAUUGGAGGAAAUGCGUGGUCAUCUACCUCCUGGCAAAGAGGAUCCCUGGGUAGAGACCAGAAUCAAGGAGAUACAAACUGACAUGGCAACAAUGGUCCCUUCAAUGCCGGACAGCUGGGUUUCGGAGAAACUUAAACAACUCUCAGAGCAAGAUGAAAAAGCGAAGUAG